UUGGAUGAUGACGCUCUAAUAUAAGACGUGCAUCUAUGACCGCUACUCGAAUUGGAUUUAUCCAUGACCACUAGAAAAAUCAAAUUAACGUUAUUAUUCAAGUCGUGCAAUUCAAUUUAGAACUGAAAUCACCGGAAGACAAGUCUGAUUAUGGAACUGCGAGGAUUGAGUACGGCGGCUGUGGCGGUUUCAGUGUCGGUAAGGCCUCCCAGCCCUCGGUCCAUAGUAGGUAGCGGCACAACGAGAUUAUGUCGUGGUGGUCGGAUUCCAUACUCGGGUUGCAGAAUCAAAAUCGGGUCGGUACGGUAUAAAGCUCUCGGAGACAACCGGCAAGGUUCCUUAGACGACACUGCAGUUUACGAGGGUAUUUAUGGCCCUUGGACCAUUGACUCCUCGGAUGUUCGAGAGGUAAUUUUAUACAGAUCAGGAUUGGUGACAGCUGCUGCAUCAUUUGUCAUGGCUGCAUGUGCUGCCUUUUUGCCCAGUAACUCGGCACUAUGUGAUGCACUCAAGCAAAACCUUGAUUUACUUUAUGUCCUUGGGUCAGGCGGGCUGGGUUUAUCUCUACUGUUGAUUCACAUCUACGUGUCUGAGAUCAAGCGUGCCCUACAAGCACUGUGGGGGCUUGGUAUUCUUGGAUCGGCUAUAGCCUACAUCAACCUUGCUCUACCAGCAAAUGAAAAUCUAAUACAAUGUGUUGUUGAUAACCCACCAGCUGUCUGGCUUGUCGGUCCUCUUUUUGCCGCUUUGACAGGACUUGUCUUCAAGGAAGGACUGUGCUACGGCAAGCUAGAAGCUGGAGUUCUCACGUUUGUUAUCCCUACAGUUCUUCUUGGGCAUAUGACUGGAUUGAUGGAUGAUGGAGCUAAACUUACUUUACUUGCUUCAUGGAUGGCUCUUUUUGUGAUAUUUGCUGGAAGGAAAUUCACCCAGCCCAUCAAGGAUGACAUCGGUGACAAGUCCGUUUUCAUGUUCAAUUCUCUCAGCGAUGAUGAAAGGAAAACUCUGAUUGAGAAAUUAGAACAGCAAAAAACUCAGUAGUAAGUGCGUCAACACACUUUAAAAUGGACUGCUUUAAGGACUUGGGAAAGUUUUGAGAACAUGAUGGCACGCUUAGAUUUGUGAAACACUUUGCAAUUCACUUACAAGGAAAUAGGAAAUCGUUCCAACUCCUCCCCUAGAAAGAGGACACUUUCCCAUAAUGUCAUUUUCUUAUCUCUAUAUAAAUUUCAUGAUCGCUGAUGAAUAUUUAGGAACGUUGUCCUAUGGAAUUGAAAAUGCAUGCUUGAUUCUAAAAGCACGCCUCUUUCGGUGUGCGAAAAUGAAAUUUAGUCGAGGUUGUUUAAGAA